CCCCGAGGACGGCUUCUCCUAUGCGAGCGUGGAGGUCAGUGGUUUUGACGCCGACGCCUUCUGCCCCGCAGACAUGCUGGCCCGCAUCGCCGCUAUCUUCCGCCCCGGCAGCCUGAGCGUCUCCCUCUCCGUCGACGCCGCCAGCCGCUGCGGCGGCUACGCCUGGGGCACGCUGGCCGCGCCGCCGGUCGGGUACGGCUGCCAGUCCGCCACCGCCCAGGAGCUGGCCACCGGCGGCCGCGUGUCCUACUACACCUUUGGCCCCGACCCCGACGCGGCGGUCUCGGCGGCGGCGGACCGGCUGGCGGGCACCACGCUCGACGGCGCCGCGGCCGCGUCGGCCGCGCCGACGCGCUCGCCGAGCCCGGGCGUGGCAGGUGUGCUGCGCCACAUGCCUUCGUUCAGCUCUGCGCCGUCGUCAGCGCUGGACAGCGGCAGCUGCGGGGACGACAGGAGCGUGGCAUCCAGCGGCGACGACUCGGAGGCCGCGGCCCGCGCGGCGCGCGCGGCGGCGCUCGCGUGGGCGGAGGGCCUCGGCGGUGGGGCGGCCGAGGACAAGGGGGCGGCUGGCGCGGCGGCGGCGGCGGUGGCGGACGUGCUCGCGGCGGCGGCGCGGCAGAGGCGGAGCAUGGAGGUGGCCAACCACCAGGCGCUGCUGCUCUGA